AGUGUGAUUAAAUAAAAACAAAGCGCUGAUUUUUGUGAUUGAUAUUUAAUUUAAAAACAACAUGUGUUAGUCGUAACUUUUCGACACAAACGCAACAGUACCCAAGGGGUGAGAAUAAAUGUACUGGGGGAAUAAUGCAAUGGAAAACCGUGCUUUAAAUAAAAUUUGCCUGCCAAAAUAAGAUGGCUAUGUGGAAAUUAAUUCGGCAUGCAUUUGGAAACGAGGAAUUCACGCUACGUGAAGGAAAAGAGGAAACUGUAGGCAGAGGAGUUGAAAAUACUAUAACUUUGUCUAGUAUAGUUAUAUCACGACGACACUGUGUUAUUAAAGUAGAAAAAAACCAAAUCCUCAUCACAGAUCUAAAGAGUUCCAAUGGUGUUUAUGUUGGACAGAAGAAAAUUCCACCAAAUGAACCAUUUCCUGUUAAUAAUCAUGACAUAAUUGGCUUUGGAUGGGCUGUUGGUGCACCACUUAUGAGAAUUAAUAAUACGGAGAAAUAUGUUUUCCAACUUAAAAAAUUAAGUAAUGGAAUUCCUAUUGCGGACCGAAUACAAUAUGAAGAAGAAUGCAAUGAUUUUGAUGAAGAAGUGGAAAUUCCUAAAAACAAUAUUUUUAAUAAAACACCUAUAGCGCAGAAACGAAAAAAUGAGGACAAUUUAUGUUUAGAUGAAUAUGUUAAAGAGAUUAAAAAAGAAAGAAAUGAUGAAAUUAUUUUAUUAUCUGACAGUGAAAAUGAAAUAAAAAAAGAAAGUUUUCCAGACAACUCAAAACAUGCAAAAUUAGAACCUAUUGAAGAAGAAGUUCAAAUUCAAAAUAAUAUAAAGUUUGAAGCCUUCAAUAUUAAGCAGGAGUAUAUUGUAGAAUAUGAUGAUGUACCUAUAGAAAUAAAUGAUGACUCUGACAGUGAAUUGAAUCAAUGGUACAGAAGAUUAUCUAAAAAUUCACCUGUAAAAUGCUUACCAAAAUUGAAAACUGAAAGCAAACCUGAAGAUGAAGAGCAGAAUAAUAUAUCAUAUAGCCAGCAAGAUGACUAUUACAAUAAUGAUUUUUUUGAAGACGAUAAUAAUGAAGACAUAUUUUCUAAUGAUAUCAUAAUUAUUUCUGAACCUUCAAAUUCAAAUAAUGAUUCUCUGUCAGUACAAAAUGGCUCAGACGCUAAAAUCAAUGAAUCAAAAAAUGUCAACUUCGCAAAUGAUAUUACCAAUGAACAGCAAUGUUUGGAUAGUAAACAAGAUGAAGUUGACACCAUAGAACAACCUGAAUACUUUAAACCAACGAAAUCAGAAAAACCUACAAAUAUUUCAUCAAACUUCCACAGUCAAGCAAGUCAUAAAGCUAAACUCAUAGAACCUCAAAUACAUGUACAAAAAAUUAAAGCUAAACAUGCUGCAGUGACAAAAAAUAAUAAAAUUCAGAAACAGUCAAAAAACAAAAAGUCAUUUUCAAAAAGCAUUGUUUCUAAAUCUGCGAAAGAAGAACGGAAGAGAAAAUUACGUCAGCUAGCAGAAAAAGAAAGAAAAUGUCGCUCAAUUGAAAUACAAACGAAAGCCUCAAUAGAUAAUAAUUCAUCAAAGUCAAGUACUUAUAUCAAACAAACUAUAACUAACCGUAGUGCAUUUUUAAUGGAAUCUUUGCAAAUUGAUAAGCAAACUCCAAAUAAAGAAGCUCAAAACAAAACUCAUAAUUCUGACAACAAAACUGAUAAACUAAGAACUGAGAAUAUUCAACAGCAAAAAGUAAAACAUAGUAUCAAUUUACCUACAAGUCCUGUAAAUGAAGAUCAUGCAAAUGAAUCAACGCAAACUAAUAAACAGAGUAACUCACCUAAAAACUUUUCUAAGCCCUCUGAGACAAGUACCAAAGAAGUCUUGACCAUGAAACCAUUAAAAGAUGCCGCAGAUGCAGAAAAUAAAGAAAACAAAACCAUCGAAAAAAGUUUUUCUAAAGUUCAAAUGCCACACAAGCCAAAAAAAUCCGUUAGAUUUUCGGAAGCUGGACCGAUUGUUCACUUUAUCAAAAUUGAGCCUGGUAAUCAAAUGAAAGAAACAAAAUUGGCAAAAACAUAUAAUAGCGUCAAUCAUAAACAAAAACCUAGAUAUUCGCUAGACAAAAUAAAUUUGAUCAGGAUUCUGGGUUGGCUUCCUUCCUGGUUUCAAGAACAAAAUAAUUUUAAUUUUCCGCCACCAAUAUUAGGAGAAAAUGUAGCCCCAAUGACCAUUUUCCAUAAAUUUGAGAGUCAUAAACAAUAUGUCAAAUUAAUUGGCAACUUAAUUCUGGUGGAAAUAUGGGAGUUUUUAACAUUAGCCUAUAUGAAAUCAGACAGUGAAAACCGUUCUAUGGAAAUGAGAAUUCAGUCGGUACCACCUCCUCCAACCUCAACAUUUUCUUACAAUUUCUACAACAUCCUUGUUGAUUAUAAAGUAGCGUCGCCUGAAUCGAGAUAUGUUCCUAGAGUUGGAGACAUCGUUAUAGUUGGAUUAAUAUCAACAUCACUGAGAGACCAGCGAUUUUUCUUUGUCCAAGAUGUAAGGCAACUUCCUUCAACUUCAAGUAAAACACAUUCAUUUUUCUGUAUAUCCUUGCAGGGUAAAUACUCUGAUAAAACGAAUAUCUUUAAACAAGGCGACAAUAUAAUUGUCAAACCUUUAACUUCAAUUACAAAAGAAUUGUUGCUGUUUGAAGCGAUGGAUUAUUUAGCAAGUUCACCAUUAUGUAGCACCAUAUUGAAUCCAGAACCAAGUCAUUUUACUAAGGUUGAGUCUACAGUGGACAUGAAUUUACAGUGGAUGAAGACGCUUAAUCAUAGUCAACAAACUGCAGUCUGUGCUUCCGUUUCGUCUGCGAUGAGUGAACGUCCAAGUCUGCAAAUGAUACAAGGCCCUCCGGGAACGGGUAAAUCGAGUGUCAUUUGUGCCAUAGUAAAAACCUAUUUUUAUGAUGGCAAUAAUAAAAAGCAUCAAAACAGAGGAAAAAUAUUGAUCUGCGCAACUAGCAAUGCGGCUGUGGAUGAAUUGGUGAUCAGGUUAUUGAAUAUAAGACAAAAAUUGCCGAAGGAGGAGCGGUUCGGCAUGGUCCGCGUGGGCCGCGUGGAGGCCAUGCACCCGCGCGCGCAGCUCGUCAGCUCGCACCAGCUGGCGCUGCGGGAGGAGGCGCGACACGACGCGCAUGCGCACCACCCCGCCGUCGCGCAGGAGAUAGCGAUCCUAGAAGCCAAACUUAACAUGUGGAAGGUUGCAAUAGAAAAUGCCAAAGAUGCCGGCCGAAUAGCAUACUGCCAAGGACGCAUUAACGAGUUCUCGAAGAAAAUUCAAUCGCUGCAGAGCAAGGGACGCGCGGGCGGCGGGCUGGCGGCGGUGGAGCGCCGCAUCGUGGAGGGCGCUGACGUCAUCGUCACCACGCUCGGCAGCGCGCUCAACUACAAGAUGCGCGGAUUGAAACACCGGAUAGCACUGUGUAUAAUAGACGAAGCCGGACAAGCUAUCGAACCCGAGACUCUGAUCCCGCUGGCCCUGGACGUCAAGCACGUUACUCUGAUCGGGGACCCGCAACAGCUACCAGGAUAUAUUUGCUCUCAGCGAGCCAAGGAACACAGGCUGGGCGAGAGUCUGUUCUCCCGGCUGACGUCAUGCGCAGAGCACUGGGCAGAGAGUCCGGUCGUGCUGCUGAACCAGCAGUACCGCAUGCACCCGGACAUUGUGGACUACCCGAACCGCAGCUUCUACAACUCCCUCAUCCGCACCGUGUACGCGCCCAGACCCCCCAUCGACGUGCCGCCUUACUGCAUCGUCAGUGUGCCUAGUGGAGACACCACGCAGAGUUUGGUAGGAGUCAACGAAACGGAAGCGUGGGGCGUGGCGCGGCUGGCGGGCGCGCUGGCGGGCGCCACCCGCGACCGCGGGCUCAGCCUGGCCAUCAUAACGCCAUACAAUGCGCAGAAAGAUCUCAUCAAGGAAAACCUCCGAAAACUUCAUGCAAGGAGCACGUCUGGCGUGGAGGUGAACACGGUGGACAGCUUCCAGGGGCAGGAGCGGGACGUGGUGGUGGUGUCGGUGGCGCGCACGCACGGCGUCGGCUUCCUGUCGCACGCCGGCCGGACCAACGUCAUGCUCACCCGCGCGCGGCACGCGCUGCUCGUCUGCCUCGACCCGCACGCUACUCUUAAAAAUCCCCAAUGGCGUACACUGAUAGAAGAUGCGCAACAAAGGAAUAUGUACAGAGUGCUUCCCAGUUUUUUGUGUCACCCCGGAAAUGUGAUGCAAAUACCCGACGAACAAAUACUGAAGUGCUUACAAACUCCGCGGUAGGAAUGUCGCCAUCGGUUGCGUCGAACACUUGUUUUCACUAUCAACUUCUAUUGUAAAUAUAAAUAAGUGAUCCGUGAUAGUUAAAUUGUUGCUUAGUAUUUAAGUAAACUUUUUUAUAAAAAAAAAAACUAGAAUAAGUAAUGAAAUUGGCAUAUAUUGGUUGUACUUUUAUUAGUGCAAAGCCGUAUAUCAUGGACAAUACAUUUAAAUUAUAAAUAACCCAAAAAAGGACAUUUAAUACGAAGAAAGUAGGUAGUUUACUUCUACAUAUAGAAAUUGUAAAAGAAAGUAAUGUUUGCAUUUGUGUAUAACUAUACAUCUUUCAUUGUUAACGCUGUCUUCAACGUUCUUUAAUUUUUUUAUAAUUCUAGCAUUUACUAGUUAAUAUGUCCUUGAUAACUGAAUAAUAUAGUAUGUAGAAGUACCUAUGAGAAAAGUUUCUCAGCCAUAUUUACUUAAAGCUUGUAAUGUAUUUAAAUAUAUUUUUGUAAAGCAUGUACUAUGUGAUAGAUACAAUAAAUCUCCAAAGCAAAAUUAUUUAUCU